AUGUGCGUCGUCUGCUUCGUGAAGGCGCUGGUGCACGUGUUCAAGAUCUACCUGACCGCCAGCUACACCUACACAUUCCGCGGCUGGCCCGUGGCCUUCCGCUGGGAUGACGUGCGCACCGUGGGCGGGAGCAGUAGCCACCGGGCGCUGACCUGCGCUGCAGCCGCGGCGGGGGUGUGGCUGCUGCGGGACGAGGCGCUGGGCGGGGACGCGCUGGGGCGGCCUCCACGUGGGGCGCGCAGCCAGGCGCAGUGCCUCUUGCAGCAGCUCCGCGAGCUGCCCGGCCAGCUCGCUAGCUACGCGCUGGCCCACUCGCUGGGCCGCUGGCUCCUCUACCCUGGCUCCGUGUCCCUGAUGACGCGCGUGCUGCUGCCGCUGCUGCAGCAGGGCCAAGAGCGCCUCGUGGAGCGCUACCACGGCCGGCGCGCCAAGCUGGUGGCCUGUGACGGCAACGAGAUCGACACCAUGUUCAUGGACCGCCGCCAGCACCCGGGCAGCCACGGGCACGGGCUGCGCCUCGUCAUCUGCUGCGAAGGCAACGCGGGCUUCUAUGAGAUGGGCUGUCUGUCUGCACCGCUCGAGGCCGGCUACUCCGUGCUGGGCUGGAACCACCCCGGCUUCGGCGGCAGCACUGGCGUGCCCUUCCCUCAGCACGACGCCAACGCCAUGGACGUGGUGGUCAAGUACGCACUGCACCGCCUGCACUUCUCGCCCGCGCAGCUGGUGGUCUACGGCUGGUCUGUUGGCGGCUUCACGGCCACCUGGGCCACCAUGACCUACCCGGAGCUGGGUGCACUGGUGCUGGACGCCACCUUCGACGACCUCGUGCCGCUGGCGCUGAAGGUCAUGCCCCACAGUUGGAAGGGGCUGGUGGUGCGCACCGUGCGCGAGCACCUCAACCUCAACGUGGCCGAGCAGCUGUGCUGCUACCCGGGGCCAGUGCUGCUGCUCCGACGCACGCAAGACGAUGUGGUCAGCACCUCGGGCCGCCUGCGCCCCCUGUCACCCGGCGACGUGGAGGGCAACCGGGGCAAUGAGCUGCUGCUGCGCCUGCUGGAGCACCGCUACCCCGUCGUGAUGGCGGGAGAAGGCCGCGCCGUCGUCACCCGCUGGCUGCGCGCUGGCAGCUUGGCGCAGGAGGCCGCCUUCUAUGCACGCUACCGCGUGGACGAGGACUGGUGCCUGGCGCUGCUGCGCUCCUACCGUGCACGCUGCGAAGAAGAGCUGGAGGGCGAGGAGGCCCAGGGGCCACACGGACCCGCCUUCCCAUGGCUGGUGGGCCAGGGCCUGAGCUCGCGGCGGCGCCGGUGGCUCGCACUGUUCUUGGCUCGGAAGCACCUCAAGAACGUGGAGGCGACUCACUUCAGCCCUCUGGAGCCUGAGGAGUUUCAGUUGCCCUGGGGGCUGUAACCUAUAUGACCCAGUGGGGGAUCACGCACUUGAACACCUCCGUGGCCUCCUUGGUUCACCUCCCCAUACCCCCAACCACUGCGGGGGGCCGGCACCGACGGUGGGGGGGGGGCUGGGGUGCUCCUGAUCUGCUGCCUGGGGGAGGGUAGGUGGGUAGGCAGAACAUGGGGACUUGGUGCUCUCCUUCCUUCACAGGGGCAUUCUGACCCUCCUCCCGUUCUUCCUUUCUGUCUUCCUCCUACAAAUACUUUUGGCUGCCCCCACCCAGCUCCUAAGGGAAUGAAAGGUUAACCUGACCCGGUUUAUGGCAAUGCUGUGUAAUGGGUGCCUUGAUCACCACAGAAGGAUGAUGGGAACAGGGGCUGUGGGGUCCUAGGGGGGAGCCCUUCACCUGGCCUGGGUUACAGGAUGGCUCCUGGGAAAACGAUGCCAGCUGUGCGCUGAAAGUCUGUGCAAGCUGCUCCCGUGAAAAGGAGGACAUUGGCAUCGCAGGGCUGUGGGCAGGUCUUAGUGGCUGGACAUUCCCAAGAGUUCACACUGGCUAUUAUUCUGUAGGGCUCCCUCCCACCUCCAAACUCCUGGCUUCUACACCAGGGCAUUCACAGGCAGAUUGCAGACUCACACGGUGGCAUGUGAUGCUACAGAUACACGUGCACAGGCCAGAGAACACUACUGCGUGUCCCCUGGAACCAGGCCUGGGCUGGACUUUGUUCCUGGCUUAGGGAUGCAACACAGAAUGAGACAAGGCCUCUGCUCACAACGGUCUGUAAUGUCACAUCUCUGUGGUCUGCCCUGAAC